AUGGCGGCUCCUGAGGAGAGCGGAGGGGCGACGGCCUCGUUGCUCUCUCACGGGGACGACACCGUGGCUCAGGGCUCAGCGACUCCCUGUGGGGCUGCGUUGCCCCCGCAGCUUUUCGGGGAUUGUCCCGCUCUGGCGGCUGAGGGGUUGGCGGUUGCUGCCGAGGAAAGGCGGUCUGCUGAGGCUUCUCCUGGAAUAAAGGCAGUGGCGGAGCUGGCGCGGUCCGCCGGCCUCCUACGGCAGCCGGCUCCCGCCCCCUCUGCAGUGGACGCGCGGUCUUCGUUGCCGGCCCAGGGGGACGGCCUUUUGGCGCCUCCUGUCCCCCGUUCCUCGACGCGGCGUUUCGUCUCCGCCAAACCCUCCGCAGGGCCCCAGCUGGCGUCCAGCGCCCCGCACAACGCGGCUCAGCAGUUGCAGGAUGUGGCCCGGCGGGUCGCCCUCCAGCAGGGCAAGUCGGAAGGGGCCGCUGCUACUUUUCCUCCCGCCAGGCUGCUUCCACCCAAGCAAUUAGAAACCAUCUGUGUCCAAGUACAGCCUGAUCAGACAAAAGAAAAUGAACGACCAGCACUAUCUUUUGCCACAAUCCAAUCCCAGAAUGUAACCACAGCUCAGCCAGUUGAGAAGAAUGCAAAGAUUUUGGGACUCAAUGUUAUUAAUCCUCAGAUCAUUAGGAUAGAGCCUCUUACAGGAACUGGAUCACAUCAGUUUUUCUUACACAACUCUUCUGGGCCCACAGUUCAGCUGCUCCUGCAAAGACCUUUACAUCCCCAUGGACAAGUAUCUGCAGAUAAGAUAAUGACACAUCAAAUAUUAAAUAAGGAGAGAAACAAGUAUCCUACACAAACUCCAAACGGUACUGUGGUUUCAACAAAUCCAGCAAACUCUAUUGGAAAUUCUGAGAAGAAACACAGAGAGCAAAAGCUUAAAAAGAACUUGAAGGUGAAAACCCGAUCUGGGCGGAUUUCACGGCCUCCUAAAUACAAAGCUAAGGAUUACAAAUUCAUUAAAACUGAAGACUUGGCGGACUGUCACCAGUCUAAUUCCGAUGACUAUUCCGAGCUGAGUGUAGAAGAGGAUGAAGAGGGCAAGGAGAAGGAAAUGCCUUUGUUUGGUACCUUGAACUAUGACUUGAGGCCAAAAUUGUUCAAGUGUCAGAAUUGUGAAAAAUCCUACAUAGGAAAAGGAGGAUUAGCACGGCAUUAUAAAUUGAAUCCUGAUCAUGGGCCGCAAGAAUCGUCACCAUCUUCCCCUAUGAAUAGUCUUUGUAGGAUGACAUUGCUGGAAGAUACUGGGGAAGCAAAUGGUGAAAGUAGCCAUCAGACUCUUGUGCCACCACAGGUUACUGUAACAAGUGAAAAGGCAGAUGCCACAGAAAAUGGGCAACAGUUCCUUUCCAUGUCACUUAACAGUAUGUCUGCAGAGCAUCGCAGUGAAUUUAGAAGGAAAGCUAGGCUAAAAGAGCUGAUUCAGCAAUGUGCCAAUGAAGAUUUCAUGGAGUUGGUGGUUCCACAUUUUACAGCAUUUGUUACUGUGUUUGAAUUCCUACUUAUGAAGGUAAAAAAAGAUGACCCAGCAAAAAAGCUCUUUCCUGAUGUAUACAGGGAAUUUGAAGGACUGCAUGCCAUGGUGAUGAAAAUGUGCCAAGAGUAUUUCAGUAAUCCUGAGAUAAAGGAGCCCGUGGAAAUAAAAAAUCCCAAGGUUGCUGAAUCAUUAGGAAUGAAUAGCAAUUUAUUUGGAGUGCAAAAUAUUCAAGCAGGCUCUUUCCCCGAACACGUUAAAAUUUUUGGUGAGCACAUAGUUGCAGAGGCUUCAGGACAGAAAAGAGCAGCUGAGCUUUGA